UGACUCGGAAUAGAUUCAAGGAGUGAGUAACAGUGCGUGGUAAAUAGAUGUUAUUGUCCCCGUCCGUCGCCAGCACAGUAGAACAUCAGUGAAACAUGAAUGACUCCGAGGACGGGAGGGUGCAGCAGCUAUGCUCCCACGAUGAGGAACACCUGAUAACCAGCGGCACCAGAUACUCCAUCAAAGGCUUCAGAUUCGAACCACCCUAUGUCCUCAAAAGAGCUGCAGGGCACCUGUGCCGUGGCCACGUCCCUGUUGUGCUGCAGCUGUUCUUCCUCACACUCUCUGCUGUUCUCCUUCUGGCUGUCCUCAUCAAAGGUCAGGCAGGAAUGGCGGAUGGGGAGACUCCUUUUCUUGUCACAGUCUCCAGUAUUGCCAACACCCAGGGACAAGAACAGGCAAAGAAGGAGAAGGUUUACAAGGAGAUGAGCCAACUGAAGCCUCAAAUAAACCACCUGUGCCGCCCCUGUCGCUGGGACUGGACCCUCUUUCAAGGAAACUGUUACUACUUCUCCAAGUUCCAACAGAACUGGCAUGACUCUGUCACCGCCUGCAGGGAAGUAGGAGCCCAACUAGUGGUUAUCAAAAGUGAUGAGGAGCAGAGCUUCCUGCAGCAGAUGUCUAAAGAGAAAGGCUAUGCCUGGAUGGGUCUGUCAGACCUGAAGCAUGAAAACAUGUGGCACUGGUUGGAUGGUUCACAUUUGCUGUUCAGUUUCAUGAAAUAUUGGAACAAAGGAGAGCCCAACAAUGCAGGAGAAGAAGACUGUGCAGAAUUCAGAGAUGACGGCUGGAAUGAUGCUCCAUGUGCAGUGGAGAAAUACUGGAUCUGCAAGAAGUCUGCUAUGUCCUGCACCAAAAACUGAUGUCUCAUCUGUCUGUAGCACCUGUUGCCAAAAUGACCCUGUGGGGUGACUGAACUUAACCCACAAACCCCACAAUGUAUGCCAGUUCCUUCCCCUGUGAACACGAAGGACUUAACUGCAGCUGUUUCCUCGUUUGUCCUCCCCUGCCUCCCCUGUGUGCCCCCCCUCUGUGUGUGUGUGUGUGUGUGUGUGUGUGUGUUCACACCAAAGGUCACCUUUGUCCUCCAUCUUGGUUUUUUUUUUUUUUUUUGAGACAGGGUCUCAUUUUUACCUUGAGACCACCAUGAGGGUAUGUUUUGGAAGUAAGGGGAGUCUGAUUGUUAUGGGAGUGGAGAGGUACAGACAUGCUCUCUGUUCUGGUCAAGUUCCAGCAAUAAUAGACUACAACAUGGAAUUGCAAGCUAAAU